AUGAUUGUGGCGGCUACCGCGGGUUCAAGGGCACCUGUUGGUACAGCAAGAAGUCGGGUCACACUUGGGCGAAGUGCUGGAAGCGGCCCAAGUGGUGGACUCCUGGAUGGGGAGUGUGCUAUAGCGGCUGAAACGAUUAAGGAGCUCAAGGUGACAGUGGAGAUAUUGGUGCAGCAGUUGCAGCAGGUCAACAUCCGACUUGCAGCAGCUGAAAAGAGAAAUGUGUUCGUUGCUGAUGAGAAAAACGGUGCAGAUGUCAAGGGGAGCAUAGUUGAGGCUGCUGCUGAAGACGAGGAGAAAGCAGUUCCCAAGAGUGACACUCGUGAGGAGCAGAAACACAAGGCCAUGGUGCAGCUGAAGGGUGCUGCCAAAAAGGAGAAAUCUUUGGUGCUGAAUGUGGGAGGUUAUGCAGCUGAUGAGGCGAAGGAGAUUGGUGAACCCAAGGUGAUGCUCAGUCUAAAGGAAGCUGAGAUUGUGGGGGAGCAGACGAGUGCUUUCCUCAAAUCUGGAGUUGGGAUUAGCUAUGCAGCGGCAUUGCUGAAAGGCGAAAGGAAAGAGUUAUUCAAGAAGGGGGAGCAGUUGGGCAAGGGUGCCAACCCUCCUAUGCGAAUGACUGAAGCAGUGAAGCGGGUUGUCAAGUCCACUGAUGUCGGGGGUGGAUUAGAAUAG